CUCUGAUAUUUACCGUUGCUUAUGGGCCCGUCGCGCCGAUGCGCUGGUAAUGUAUCUUACCCAAGCGUGGCGCAGACGCGUCGUUCUCACAGUUACGAACUGUCUAUCGAAAAUGUACAAGCGUGAAGUCCGGUAUCUUAGCAGUUCAACGAAUAGCGGGUGCUGUGCGAUGUAUUAUUCAUUGAUGAGAGCACAAUCGUGAUACAGUGUCAAUACCGAUUGAACCUUGUCAUAAUUUGAAUCACCCAGCCGUAUAUAGCUGUAGCGUACACAGUACAAUAGUUAAUGCUUUGUUUACAGAGCAACAGGUAUUAGUGCUAAGUUUUAUAAGUAAAAUACAGGAACACCACCAUAGGAGCGAAUAGAGUUUCCGGAAUUUCUCGAGCCAUGCUAAAAACUCAGAGAAAAUGGAGUCUAAUAGCUCAGAAGGCUCAAAAGAAAGAGAAGGACUCGAUGGAAGAAACGCUUUCCAAUUUAGAAAAUGCUGAACCAGAGCUUUGCAUACGGCUCCUACAUUUUCCUUCCGUUCAGAACUUUUCUGGCCUCAAAAAGAAAAUUCAGCACUGCUCUGAAGAAUGGAUGAAGGGAUUUCUGGAGCAAGACGGUCUCGCUGUUCUUUUUACGACAUUGGAACGCCUUUCGGAUGAUACGACAAGAGCCUCCAAGAGCACCCUUAUUACAUCAAUGGAGCUGCUACAAUGUGUGGGAUGUGUGAAAGCUGUUAUGAAUUCACGCACCGGUCUGGAUUUUGUCAUCUCCAGAGAAGAUUACACACGAGUUUUGUCGACAACAUUGGACAGUGCAAACGUAAUGGUAAAGAAGCAAGUUUUCGAACUCCUGGCAGCUAUGUGCAUUUACUCAAGCGAAGGAAAGUCAAGAUCUAUAGAUGCAAUGGAGCAUUACAAGCAAGCUAAGUCCCAGCGCUAUCGAUUUAGCGUUGUUAUUAACGAAUUGCGGAAUGCGGAGAACUUGCCGUACCAAACCGGGAUUCUAUCCUUUAUAAACGCAGCGAUCCUUUCAACGGACGCCAUACAUCAACGAGUGAAAUUACGAAAUGAAUUUAUUGGUCUUCAGCUGUUAGACGUACUCUCGGAACUUCGGCUUGAGUCUGUACGAACUAAUUUAGCAAAGUCUCGUGCUAUCUUCGGGAACCCGAACAACUCAGACGAUUUUGGGAACGGGUAUCAACUGCGAUCAUGCGCCCACUUGGAAGCAGAUGACUUGCUAAUCCAGUUGGAAGUUUUCGACGAGAAAAAACUUGAAGACGAAGAGGAGAUUCAGGCGAUAACAGGCGUUGAAGGAAUUGAUAUCAACAAUCAUCAAGACGUGUUUGCAGCCGUCUUUAACAAAGUAUGCAAUUCUCCACAAGCCAACAACCUACUGACGAUAUUACAGUGUCUGGUGCAGCUUAACCCAGAUGACAGAGUGUCAGACUUGGCAUGGGAGGCGCUCGUUACUAUUGCACAGAAGGCAGCAGUCUUAGAGACAGUAGCCGAAGCACAGAAACUUUUGCGGGGCAGGCUUUCAAGGAGAACUUCCGUAUUUACGACUUCAAUAUAUACUCAAACCGAACAGGGGGCAAUACAAAAGUUGAACGAAGAGGCAAUCGAAGAAACAGAUGGUGGGGCAACUGUAGUUUGCACCCCACCACCACCACCACCGCCGCCCCCGCCUUUGGGGAAUAUACCCCCGCCACCACCGCCCCCACCUAUGGGAGGCAUUCCUCCGCCCCCACCACCACCUGGGGGUAUUCCCCCACCACCGCCCCCACCAUCGGGAGGCAUUCCUCCGCCCCCACCACCUCCUGGGGGUAUUCCCCCGCCCCCACCACCCCCUGGGGGUGUUCCACCACCACCGCCAGGUCUCCCUCCAGUAUACGGAGGAAUCGUUCCUGUAAACGCGGCCCAACUGAACAGUCGACCGUCGGUGAGGCGUUCGGCAACUGUCCCGAAACCGACAGCGAAAUUACGAAAGUUUAACUGGCAGAAGAUCCCACAAAACACCCUGCGUAAAAGCACGGAUAGUGUCUGGGAGAAUUUGGAACGUGGAGGUUGUGAGUUGGAACCGAAUUACAAAACGAUUGAGGAGUUGUUCUCUCAGAAGCAAAUCGUGAAGAAAGAAGUGACAAAACAGAAAAAGAAGGCGGCUCCAGCCGAGGUGACUCUGAUCGACUCCCGGAAGAGCUUGAAUGUCAAUAUCUUUCUCCGGCAGUUCAGACUUCCUAACGAAGAAAUUAUAAAAGCGCUUAAACAAGGCAACCGCGAAAUAUUAACUGAAGAAAAACUAAAGAACAUGCUGAAGUUCUUGCCCGAAGACGCGGAAAUUGAGACAAUACGUUCGUUCAAAGGUGACCCAACUACUCUUGGAAACGCAGAGAAAUACUUCCGGCUUCUCAUCGGUCUUAAAGAUUACGUGCUUCGGAUUGAAGCCGCCAUAGCCCGUGAGAGUUUUGAUGAAGAAAUGACAUCAAUAGUGCCCGUGAUUGACAACAUAAAGCAAGCAGUAAACGCUAUUCGGCAAUGCAAGAAGUUAGAAGAUUUUCUUGUUCUUAUAUUAAAGACAGGCAACUACUUGAACUUCGGUGGUUACGCUGGUGACGCGCAUGCGUUCAAAAUAACAUCCCUUCUCAAGUUAUCUGAAACCAAAUCGAACAAACCACGGAUGACUCUGAUGCAUUGUGUGGUGAUGGAGGCGGCGGAAAACCACCCCCAUCUUCUUGAUAUUCCGUCAGAACUCUCGGUAGUGAUGGAGUGCAAAACGGUUUCUGUGGACCACCUGAAAUCAACCAUCAACCGCCUAACUGGAGGGAUUGCCAAGCUCACAAAACAAGUCGAAAAAUCCUCCAAAGAGGUUAAAGAGCAGUUCGCACCUUUUCUUAAAGUUGCCACGGACAAGGUAAGUACUUUUGCUAAAGAUCUCGAAGAAAUAGAGAAUUUGAGAUUAAGUUUGGCCAAGUACCUUGUUGAGGACGAAGCCAAAUUCAAACUGGAGGAGUGCCUUUCCACAUUUGCAAAGCUUUGCGAACAGAUAAAGUCGGCAAUCAAAGAGAACAAGGAGCGAGCUGUGAUGGAGGAAAAGAAGAAGAAGAGAGCUCAGAUGGAAGAAGAGAGAAAAAAGAGUGGGAAGGUUUCCAAGUUUGCUCCACCACCAGCUGGAGAAAAUAUAAUUGACAAUCUGUUAACUGACAUUCGAAAAGGAUUUAAGCUGAAGAAGUCAAGUGAAUCACCAACCAAAUCAAGAUUAAACUCUGUUGCAAACGAAAACCAAACUGACAAUGCUGCUGAGACUAAUAAUGCUACCGAUUCUGCACAAGAAGCCACAACUAUCUCUAUAAAGCAGAAAGAUGAAAAAUUUGCAACUUUGGUCCGAGUUUCGAAUGGUGAGAAUGAUGUAACCAGUAAAGAGACAGAUAAAACGUCUCCGGAAUUGCACGACAUUGUCAAUUCCAGUAACUCUACUGAUGCUAAUGCUAAAGAUACUGAUGCAAAUAAGACUGUGGUUAUUUCGCCAAGCGAUGUGGACAUUACAGUUACAGAAAUACCAACAGUGUUAGACUCACCAAGUGACGUUGGUAAACCAGUCACAGAAUUACCGGUAGUUUUAGAUUUGUCAAGCAACUUGGACAUUGCAGGUAAUGAAAUACCAGUUGCUUUAGAUACUCCAAGCAAUGUGGAUAAAUCAGUGGCAGAUAUACCGGUAGCUGUAAGUUUACCCAACAAUGUGGACACUGAAGUCAUAGAAAUGCCGGUCACUUUACUUUCACCAAACAAAGAAGACAAUACAGUCGCAGAUAUACCAGUAGCUUUAGAUUUGCCAAAGGAUGUGGACAAUGCAGUUACUGAAACACCAGUAGAAUCAGACAUGAAAGUUCAAGAGCCUUUGCAUCUCAUACCGGCAAAGCCUAUAACCAAAGUGAUAAGUCCAAUCAUGAUUUCUCCAGAUGAACAAAAUUUGCUUAUUAAUGGAGAAAAUGUAUCUGAAAAUCUUCUAGAAGUCAACGGGAAUCUCCAAAAGAAAGGUUCUGAUGUUGACCCUGCUACGACAGCAGGACCUGGAAUUCUGCAAGAAGCUAAAGAUAAAUUGGAACAGAUAGUGGACUCCAUGAAACCAAUGCAAGGCUCAACUGUGGACGGUGAUAAAAAAGGUGACAGAAAAAAAUCGACUAUUUCAACAUCCAGAGAAGGAGACAAGCGAAAAGCUAAACCGAAAAUGCCACUUUUCACUUCUAAGAAUACAAAGCAGAAUUUGACUACCAGCAACAUGAAAAAGCAAAUCGGUGAAGCUAAUCCUAGAGUAAAACAAUUGCGUCAACGCUAUGGUUCAACAAACUCAGACCGAAGCAGGACUCCAAAGGCGCCAAUCCUUAAUAAAAAUGUGCUUGCUGAUAAAGCAAAGUCUGUUCUGAAAACAAACCGUGCGAAGACAGUACCCGCUCAAUCAGUAAUAACAGAACGUUUAAAACGGCCGUCUACUACGCCAAGUGCAGACAGGAAUAGAAUAAACAGUAGUUCCACUAAAACAGAUGUGAUCAAAGCACCCAAGAAACCGAUUACAAAUUUGCCAGCAGUAGAUGCACAUAAGUUUGAUGGCCGCUCCUACUAUUCAGCACCAAAAGCAAUCAAAACAGUUCCAACAAAAGCCAAACCCCUACGAAAAACACCAGAAACCAAACAAAACCAACUUCAAUCAAAACUCCAAACUGACCGAAAAGCUAUGGAUAAAACUUCAUUAAAAGACAAGACUACAAAAGUAACAGAUAAAACUUCCGCACACAAGACUACAAAAGUUACAGAUAAAACUUUAUCAAAAGACAAGACUACACUAGCUGCACAGAAAAACACUCCAAAGCCUGUCACCUCUGAUUCUAUAAAUAAAAUCUCUAAUAAAAAUGCAAGUGUUGAUAAAAAGACAAAAUUAGACACUACUAGUGCCUCAAAACGCUUCACAUCACACGAAGAUGCAAUGAAGAGGAAAUACGCAUUUCGUAGAGAUCAAAAACGUACCCCUAUAGCAACUAAAUCCAUAACAAACAACAGAAAAAUAUCAAAAACUGCAACCUCACUAUCAUAAUUCAUAACAUGACAAUUUUUUAAUGUUUUGAUUGUUAAUUUUACAAUUUGUAUCAUUUUUUUGUCUUUUUAUUGAACUGCAGUGAUUAAAAAAUAUUUUAUCGCAGUAGAAAUCGCAAUUUUACAACUUUUUUUAUUGUGCUCUGUUAAAAUACACUAUUGGUCAUAUUGUAAAA